UUCUGUGCAUCUUAAUUAUGUUGUCGAAAUUUACGCUGCUGUUUUGCUCCGUAUUAAAUCCAAACGGACCCGUGCAUAGAGCAUAUUCGAGCAGUUGCAUCAUGCAGGUAAUAGAAAAUCAAUUUGUAGAAUCAAACACGCUGUUAACAAUUUUAACAACCCGUAAUCUGUCAACUAAAGCCUAUGGAAUACAAGAUCGGAUUAUACGAGAGAUUAAUUCCAGAGUACGGUGGAUGAUCGAAAUCAUAAGUGGUGCGCGGUUGGAGUUUAAUUCUACGGAAGUUUGUGCCAAUUGCCCACUGAAAAAAGGAGCAUUACCUAUCAUAACGAGGCAGUUUCAGCUGCUGUACAAAGCGACUUAUUGCGUCGUCGUGGUUGAUACUCACAAGCAGUUUGAAACGGUUUUUAGAUACUUUUUGGAUUCCAAUUCGCACAACUAUCACACAUAUUUUCUGGUGUACGUUUCGGACAUAAGGUUCGAAUACGCCAAGAUGGCGGAGAGCAUAUUGAAAUUCUUGUGGAGGCACAAUGUAUUCAAUUCGGCUGUGGUGGUACCUCGGGAUAGCCUGAGGGUGUGUACCAUAUAUGGUUUAAAUGUAUACGCACCUGCUCUGGUAUGUGGCAAAAAUCCCCAACUGGUCGAGCUGGAUACGUGCAUUAAUGGAGAAGUGGCAAAUAAUAACACUCUCUUUGGGAAUAAGUUACCCAAAACGUAUGGUAACUGUUCAGUGCCAACAAUUGCAAUGAAAUACCCUCCGUUUGUGGUCGACGAAUCGCGAGGCUUCGAGAUUAACAUUCUAAAAGAAAUCGGCAAAAUCUUGGACAUUCGGUUUAACAUCAAAAUGAUAAAUACCGCUGUCGAUUGGGGCAUUCGUCUAGGACACAAUAAUUGGUCUGGGCCUUUAGCAACAGUCUACAAAGAAUCGGCGAUCGCCGUUGGCAACAUUCUUCCUCAUCCAAACUACGACGCGGACUUUGACCUGUCAAUCGAGUACUUUCGAGAGCGUAUGGCAUGGGUAGUACCAACGGCCCAUCCAAUUCCGAGAUGGCAAAACAUCUUUGUUAUCUUCACUUAUGAAUUGUGGCUUGUAUGCGCCUGCUUUUACAUUGUAGCCUCAGUUCUUUUGUAUGCCACGUCAAGAUUUGUUGAAGAAGUUUUGUGCUACCAGCAUUUAAGUACGAAUUUCCUCUUUUGUUUGGAGAUAAUACUAGCGGUUGCCGUACCCAAGCAACCAAAGUCGUACGUUACUCGAUCGGUAUUCAUUUCCAUUGCGAUUUAUGGCAUAUUGAUCACGGUAAUGUAUCAGGCGUUGCUCAUGAGCCAUCUGCUAAACCCUGUGUACGAAAAGGAACUUUCAUCCCUGCAAGACAUAAUCGAUUCCAAAAUUGGAAUUGGUGGAGUUCGAAGGUACAAGGAAUUCUUCAACAGGAGCGAUGAUAAAGUUUCUACGUAUAUCCACGACAGGUUUGAAACAUAUAACGAAACAAACGAUACCGCCUUGAACUGGCUUUUAACAGUUGCAAAUGAUCGCGAUACGUGCACCAUAUCGAGCCAUUUUUAUGUGAAGUACAUGAUAGGAGACAAAGGCUCAGUAUUCUUCAAUAAGUGGGGGGAUGAAAAAAUAGUGAUGUUGAAACAACUGGUUUUCACCUAUCCAGUACGUAUGAUAGUACCAAGAGGCUUUCCACUGGGUAUCACAUUCGAUAAAGUUAUAUGGAAACUGAUGAAUGGUGGAAUCGUGAGGAAGUGGGCCAAAAAGUACGAGCAGCGCUCACGCCACGACUCCGAAGAAACGGACGACACCGUGCUGACAGUAUUUCAUUUACAAGGAGCUUUUUUACUUUUAUCUUAUGGAUACUUAUUCGCAGUCUGUGCGUUUCUUUCGGAACUGGUAGUUUAUUACAAAAUUGCAAAGUUUGGCGAGCACCAUAACUAA